AUGCUGCGGCAUGGCCAGGUGGCGGCCGCCUUGCCGCCCCUGCACGGCGGCACCUCCCACCAGUCCCACCAACCGCUGCCGUCGUCACAGCGUGAGCCUGCAUCGUCCUCCGUCCACCAUGCCUCCAGCAACCAACCGCCAAAGCCUCCCGCAUCCUUGCCAUCUGUAUCUGCUGGCAAGAGCAUUGGCUUCGACCCCGCAUUCCUGCCGCAACAGCAGGAGUGGCAGCAACGUGCGGACCAGUCCAUGCGUGCUUUGCUCGAGGAGACUGUGCGUCUCAGAGGGGACAUGCGGGCGAUGGCGCAGCAGCACGCGAGCGAGAAGCAGGAGAUGCAACACGAGCUGGAGCGCAUGCGUGAGGACGUGCGCCGGUGCCGAUCAACGGUGAUUGCGCUCGAGCAAGCAAGCGCAUCCAGCAGCGACCGCCACACCCUGCAGGACACACACACGCAGGCCGCGCUGCAGCACUCGAGGACGGUGGAGACGAAGGUGAGCUCGAUGCAGCAGGACACGAUGCUGCGGUACAACGACCUGUCUGCAAAGGUGGAGCGAUUGGCGCAGACGCUGCAGGCGGUGGCACAGGACCUCCAGUACACGAAGCAGAGCCAGGGCAAACACCACGAGGGCGUUGAGCAGUUGAUUGACGGCGUGCGGGCGUCACUGCAGUCGCAGCUGUCGGACGUGCAGUCGAGGCAGACAGCAGGGCUGCACCGGUUGGAGAAGGUGUCGGGGGAUGUGGACACGGUGGCCGAGUCACUGCAACGGCAUUUGCAGCAGUGGAGCGAUACAUCUGCACACGUACAGGGAGAGGUGCAGCAGCUGCAGACGCAGGUGACGCUGCAGAAGAACCAUGCACAGGACAUGGACCAGCGACUGGUGGAGAUGGAGUCGCGGUUGAAGAAUCAGAGAGAAGACAUUGUUGCCAGAUUCACAACACAGGACGAUGCGCUGCAGCAGGUGUCAGCGUCCACGAACGAAAGCAUCGACUCCAUCAUCGCAGCUGUGCAGGAGUUGAAGACGCAGCACUCCACAGAGUCAAAGCAGAUGGCUUCAAACAUCGGGCUCUCACGUGAAGGCAUGAUGAAGAAACUCGAGUCAACGCGACAGGAACUGGUGGAGAUGCUGCAAACACAGCGGCUGCAGUUGACACAACAGCUCAAUGCAGAGCGCCAACAGCGGUUGAGUUUUGAGCAGGACACGCGGGCCGGCAUUGCCAUCAAGCUCGCCUCUGUCGACGACGCCGUUCGCAAUCGCAUCUCAGAGCUCGAAGACAUGGUGCAGCGCGCCAAAUCGCAGGCGGCGGACGCGUUUAAGAAGUUUGAAACAUCGCUGUCCAUCGCCGAUGCCGACGUGAAGAACAAACUCGAUUCCGUGGAAAAGGUGUUGAAGGCGGAGAUUGUGGCGCGGACACAGGCCACAACAAAGCUCAAAUCAACAACGGACCAGCUCACCAAAGCCAUCAAGGACUCCAACAGUGCGCAGUCAGCCGUCACAGACGAGCUGUCGAAGAGUGUUCACGACCAAAUGAAGCAGCUGAAGCUUUCAAUCGAGACAUCAACGGCGGGCUCGCACUCAAGCUUACAACGACGGGUGGAUGAUGUGGAGGUGCAGCUGAAGAGUUUACAUGCACGUGAGGCAACACGUGUGGAGGCGAACCAGCGCACGGCCGCGUCCAUCGCCACCAUCGCCCCAAAGCUGACUGCGAUAGAGGAGGAUUUGCACGGCGUGCGCGAGCGAACGUCCGAUCAACUCGAUGCUCAGCUCAAAUACACAAAGGCGCAAAUCGAGAUCUUGCAGCGUGCCCUUGCACUCAAGCUUGACGUCACGGAGCAUGACAAACACGUCAAGGAGGUUGGGCAGAAGCUCGGGGCAACAGACCACGUGCUGGCACAGACGGAGGACCGCAUUGCGGAUAUGCAGCGGUCAAUUGACAGCCAGGAAGCGCUCGUGAGCGAAUCCCUCAACCACACGCAGUCCGUGCUGCAGGUUGAGCUGGAGAGCGUCUGGCGCGGGCUCAAGAACUUGCAGGAGGACACGCGCAACCUCGAGCGGCAACAGGGCGCGAUGAUGCUUGGCGUGUCGCAGAACCCGCAGGCCGCUGAGCGAGGGCAGUUGUCGCCGAAGCGCCAGCGAAACGAAGAUGAGAGAGCGGAGAGGAGCGACAGCGACAGCGACAACGACGAUGACGAUGACGACGAUGACGAUGAGGAAGAGGAGGAAGAGGAGGAAGACGACAACGGGCAAGGCGAUGUCAUCAUCAAAGUGCCUAGUCUUGAGCGAGACAAAACGCAGCUGUCACUUGGAGAGGAAGAGGAGGAGGAAGACGAAGAGGAGAGUGAAGAGGAGGAGGAAGAAGAGGAAGAAGAAGAAGAGGAGGAAGAGGAGGAAGAGGAGGAACAGGAGGACCAGGGGGAACAGGAGGACCAGGAGGACCAGGGGGAACAGGAGGAAGAGGAGGGGGAGGGUGCAGCGGAACACCAGCACGAGCACGAUGAAGGGAGCGACGCGGAGAGCGGGCAGGAGGAAGAGGAAGAUCGAGAAGAAGGACAAGAAGAAGAAGAAGAGGAGGAAGAAGAAGAAGAAGCUGGCACCACAGUAGAAGCGACAUCACCACGACCAGAGAAUGUGCAAGGGGGAAAGCGACCACGGCCUCCGAAAGUCGAUCCAUCAACGUCGAGCCAGUACUCGCGUCCCAACUUGAAGCCACCACAGGAAGCAAAGGCCAAACGUCAGAGCGCAAAAAAGCUUGCAAGCUCACCGCACAUGACCACCAUUCCCGAAAACGCAUCACCAUAA